AUGGGAAUUUUAUCCUUCCUCUCAGCCUUCUGCAUACUAAAUCUUCAUUCACUGGCAAUACUUGCAAAUGAUUACCCUAAAAAAAGUAGUUUAGAAACUUACAUCGUUCAUGUUGAAGCACCUGAUGGCCAAAGUUUUACUCAAUCAGAAGAUCUAGACAUUUGGUAUCAGUCAUUUUUGUCAACAGCAACGUCUAGCUCAGGUGAGGGACCAGAGAUUGUUUAUUCGUACCAUUUUGUGUUCAAAGGUUUUGCUGCUAGAUUAUCACCAGAUGAUGUAAAGGCCCUGGAAAAGAAGGAGGGUUUCAUAUCAGCGCAUCCAGAAGAAAAAUAUUCUUUGCACACAACUCAUAGUCCAAAUUUCUUGAAGUUAAACCAAAAUAUGGGAUUUUGGAAGGAUUCCAAUUAUGGUAAAGGUGUGAUCAUUGGUGUGAUAGACACAGGAAUCUUCCCUGACCACCCUUCGUUUAGCGAUGAAGGGAUGCCACCCCCACCUGCUAAAUGGAAGGGAAAGUGUGAGUUCAAUUAUACUGCUUGUAAUAACAAACUCAUUGGAGCUAGGUACUUCAGCUUUGGAGACACGGCGCCACUAGACAAUGAUGGCCAUGGCACACACACUGCAAGUACUGCUGCAGGAAAUUUUGUGAAAGGUGCCAAUGUGUUUGGCAAUGCUAAUGGCACUGCAGCUGGUAUUGCACCCCUUGCUCAUUUGGCGAUUUACAAAGUUUGCUCACCUUUAUGUUUGGAAAGCUCUAUACUUGCUGCAAUGGACACUGCUAUUCAGGAUGGAGUAGAUGUCCUUUCCCUUUCUCUUGGUAGAUUGAACAUCAAUUUCUAUGAUAAUAGCAUUGCAAUAGGUGCAUUUAGUGCAAUGGAAAGAGGGAUUCUGGUUAGUUGUUCAGCAGGAAAUGAAGGUCCUUCUAACUUCUCUUUAAUGAAUGCCGCCCCUUGGAUUCUUACAGUUGGUGCCAGUACCAUUGACAGAAAUAUCCGUGCAACGGCACUUCUUGAAAACAAUGAAAAAUUCCAUGGACAGUCGACUUUCCAACCAAAUGAUUUCCCUUCAACACUCCUCCCUCUGGUUUAUCCCGCGAUGCUUAAUGCCAGUGAUUUCAGCUUACGAUAUUGUAGUCCUCUGUCUUUGAACAAUACUGACAUCAGAGGGAAAAUAGUGCUGUGUGAUUUUGGUGGAAAGGUAGCAAGUAUUUCUAAAGGUAUAGCAGUGAAGAAUGUCGGUGGUGCUGCCAUGAUUCUUGUAAACUCUGAAGAGUAUGCAAACAUGACUCUUUCAGAAACUCAUGUCGUUCCAACAACACAUGUCAGUUAUGCCGAUGGACUUAAGAUCAAAACGUACAUAAAUUCUUCAUCAUCUCCAAAAGCCACAAUUUUAUUCGAAGGAACUAUAAUUGGCGAUGAUCAUGCCCCGGUGGUUGCUGCAUUUUCAUCAAGAGGUCCGGGCUUGGGAAGUCGUGGCAUCUUAAAGCCUGACAUUUUGGGUCCUGGAGUCAACAUCCUUGCAGCCUGGCCUGUCUCGGUUGAAAACAACAUGAAUACAAAAUUGACAUUCAACAUAAUUUCAGGCACGUCAAUGUCUUGUCCACACCUUAGUGGUGUAGCAGCAUUGCUCAAAAGUGCUCACCCAGAUUGGUCGCCUGCUGCCAUUAAAUCUGCAAUCAUGACUACUGCUGAUGUUGUUAAUCUUGCCCGAGAACCAAUUGAGGACGAACAAUUCCUUCCAGCCAAAAUCUUUGCCACUGGAGCAGGCCACGUCAACCCUUCAAGAGCAAGUGAUCCAGGACUUGUUUAUGACAUUAAGCCUAAAGAUUACAUUCCAUACUUGUGUGGACUAAAUUACACAGACCAACAAGUUGGUAUCAUUCUUCGACAUAGGGUGGAUUGCUCGAAAGAAUCAAGCAUACCAGAAGAGCAGCUGAACUAUCCUGCAUUUGCUCUCACAUUCACGCUUCUAUCUCCUUCUCAAACAUAUACAAGGACACUAACAAAUGUGGGUGAGCCGAAGUCCUCCUACAGUCUAGAGAUUGUUCCACCACCCGGGAUUGAGGUACGUGUUGAACCCAAAAAGCUCAACUUCUCAGAAUUGAAUCAGAAGAUCAGCUAUCAAGUGACAUUCAACCGAUUGUCAUCUGCUGCAAACAAUACCGUUGUUCAAGGUUUUCUAAGAUGGACUUCACAUAAGCAUUCUGUUAUGAGUCCUAUAGCUGUUUCAUAG